GCAAAUUCGAAAUCAAGCAGAACGAGUCGAUGAAGCUCGAAUGCACAGUGAGAAUGGCCAAGCCAGCAGCUUCGAUCGUCUGGUAUCGUGGCAAUGUGCAGAUCAAGGGCGGCGACAUCAGUGUCACACCCGUUCCCAUAGCCGAUGACAAGGACAUACUGAAAGCACCGGACCACAAGGAUGGUAAACUCGAGAAGUACGACACGCAUGGCUCAAUUUUCAUAACAUCGACACCCGACGACGACGAGAUGAGUUACACGUGCGAGGCCAAGCAUCCUGCUAUACCCAUCGAGAAACCUAUGCGUGCUACUGCGGUACUCUCCGUUUUCUAUGCACCAGGACCGCCAUAUAUCGAAGGUUAUGCCGAGGGUGAAACAUUGCGUCGAGGUCAGCAAGUCGAACUGACUUGUAAAUCUCGUGGUGGCAAUCCACCAGCGCAAGUAGUAUGGUAUAGAAAUGGCGAGGUUGUGCACUCAGUAUACACGACCGAAGGUAGAAUCUCAAAGAAUGUACAUUCUUUUAUCGCCACGGCGAGUGAUGACAAGGCCAGGUUCGAGUGCAAGGUGUCCAAUGUCAUGAGUGUCACUCCUAUGAUUACUCAUGUUGAUCUCAGUGUGUUGUUUUCGCCAAACAAAGUAGACCUCAGUGGACCAACGGAAGCGAAAGCUGAAGAACAAGUAACGAUAACUUGCACGACCGACAUCUCGAAUCCAGUCUCGGAAAUAAAAUGGGUUGUCGACAAUCACAAGAUAAACAGUACAUCGCAAGUAAUACCCGCAUCUGAGGGUGGUUUUAUUACAACCUCAAACAUCACCUUUACCAUAAACAAAAUGGCACAACGUGCAGUAGUCGUCUGUCAUGCCUUUAACUUCAAGCUGUCGGAAACCAUCGUCGGCACUCACACCAUCAACGUCAUCUAUCCGCCGUCGAGGCUGGAAAUGGCUGGUUAUGAGCAAGGAGCUCCCAUCGUCGCCGGCACCGUACUCAAGCUCUCGUGCACUGCAAUAUCCGGUAAUCCCCUGGCCACUAUAACAUGGUAUAAGAACGACAACAAGGUACGUAAAAAGGUGUCGAGUCACGCACGACCACGGGACCACGCUGUCACGAGUGAGAUGAUCCACCUGGUCAACGCCUCCGACAACAAGGCUGUCAUCCGUUGUGAGGCUAGUAACUCUGCUACCCAGAUUCCGCUUGUGCAAAGCGUUCAUCUCAACGUGCAUUUUCUACCGGAGCAAGUCAAAAUUAGCACGGAACCUAAAACAUUCAGGGCGGGUGAGAAGGGUCGUUUAAUAUGCGAAUCGACGAGCAGUAACCCGCCGGCUGAAAUGUCGUGGUGGAAAUCGGGCAGUCCAGUACGCGGUACGACAAAUAGCACUAAGGAGGGUCUCUACGGUGGUUACAUAUCCACUGUCGAACUUGGACUCGAGCUCAGCGAAACUAUGAACAACGAAGAAUUCACUUGCCAGGCCAAGAAUCCCGAGAUCGAUCGCAGCAUACAUGACUCUACCAUGCUCAACAUUUUGUACAAACCAGUAUUCGAGAAAAUAGCCGCUGGCGACUUGGUUGGCUUAGAGGGGGAGCCGUUUGUCGUCUCGUUGUCAGCCCACGCAAACCCAAGUGCAAUAACAUACAUAUGGUCGCGGGAUGGUUUACCUUUGAGUAACGGUGCUGCAGGUGCAAGAAUCGCUGCUCGAGGCUCGACUCUCAAUAUUACAAGGCUCGAGCGCAACGACGCUGGUACUUACAACUGCGAAGCUAUGAACGAGGAAGGAUCUACCUUUUUUGAGUUGAAUUUAACUGUGCAAUAUCCAGUAACGUUAAUCCGUACGUCGACAUCGGGCGUGGUGUACCCAGCGGGCAACGAAGCAAAGCUAUUUUGCGAGGUUGAGGGUUCACCUUUAGGUGCCGAGUACGUUAGUUGGUACAAAGACGGCACGAACGUUGCCGAGCUUGGUGGGCAUUACAUCACUUACUUCGCCAAUAAGACGUCCUUCUUGAGGAUUCGCCGACCCACCGAGAGAGAUGUCGGUGAAUAUAAAUGCAACAUCAACAAUGGCAUUAACAAUGUUACCUCCGAGCCCAUACUUUUUAUCACGAAUUUUAAACCAGAAAUGGCGAAUUCUCACUUAACGAAAAAGGCUGCCGUGAAUAGCGGUGCGAGCGCUCAGCUUUAUUGCAAAGCUCGCGGUUCACCGUUGCCACAAUUUACCUGGGUGUUCAAUGGUAAACCCAUACUGUCAAACAUGACUGAUUACAAGUACAAGCUGACCUACAUGAACCUGUCGGAGCUGUACUCGCAAUCGAUCCUAACGGUUCAGCAUGUAAGCCAGUCUGAUUACGGCAAGUACGAGUGUCAAGCGCAUAACAAUAUGGGCCACGCGACAGAGCUAAUCGGCCUAGACGUAACCUCACCGCCAGACGAGCCAACUGACUUAGAAGUGGUCAACGUCACGCACGACAGCGUCACCCUCACGUGGAAGCGUGGCUUCGACGGCGGAUUGCCAACGUCUCAUCAGAUUAGAUGGCGAGAAACUAACGACGAAUAUGACGUCAACUAUCGCUAUCUCGACGUAUCACCUGGCAACUACACCGCUGUUGUCAAGCACCUAGCACUCGGCACCUCUUAUGUCUUCAGUGUCAGAGCUAAGAAUUCCAAAGGGGAAAGUCCUUUCUUACCUGAUCUUGUCAAAGCUCAAACUUUACGUGAGGCACCGCCCAACGAAUUGAUCGUCAGCGAGAUCAAUUCAUCGUACAUCAUCGUUAUUAUCAUCGCUGUAUCCGCCUGUGCUUGUCUUCUCAUUGCCACGCCAAUACUCUAUAAGGCCUUCGUCUCGAAAAAGAAGGCUCAAAGAUCUGGUAUAAAUAAAUCACAGACGGCAGACAUGUACGCACCAUCAACGGUAAACGGUGACACGAUGACAGGCGAAUUGAGUUCAGUGUCAGACGAGAAAAGCGACGUCAACUUCGACGCAAAUGAUUACGUGGACGAAGGGCGAAAAACCGCGGCGAGCACGUACCUGAUAGACCCAACUCUGCCGGACUACGGUAAAAGCGGCCUGGAGAUGCAAGUGCACCAGCAGACUGGUACCCUGAAUCGACGAAGUAAUCACAUCCCAAGUAUCCUGAGCAUGGACUCGCCGCCGCAACGCACCACCGCAAGUGGUACACUAUCCGCUUCGAAGUCGAGCUACAUAGGCAACCCGAGCCCAGCCCCGCCUGCCGACGUAAAUUUUUACAGCGUAGAGAUGGAGAGCGGUCGCUUUAUGGGAUAUGAGGGGACGCCGAGCCCGGCGCCGACCUCGACGAUUCUCGAGGUGGCGGGGCCGGGCGCCUACUAUCCUUCGCUCAGUCCUUCGUCGGGACUCAUGCAUCCGCACCCGGGUGCGCCAACCUCCUCGGCGCAUCCUCAUCAGCAUCAGCAGCAGGCGCCGCAGCACCAUACGUCGUCUCAACAAUUGGUAAUGGGAGUGGGCACGCUGACGAGGACGAGGACGCUGCCGCGGCCGGUGCCCCCCCCAGACGUCACUGUUAUGACUGCCGGAACAAAGUCACCCCUGCCGCCGACGGUACCCCCCCCGCCAGCUACAUUUGCACGUGCGGCCCCAGGCCCCGCACAUUCCCACGGGCACCCACUGUCAACUUUCACAUCGACGCCGCAGUACUCUGAUAUUGACGGACACCUCGUCUGAGCCCCCCUUGUCGUCGUCUUGCACCCGGCCGCUGAGCUGCCGCCGGGCGAUCGGACCGCUGCCGCCGCUGCAGUCGACGACGACAGCGACGAGGACAGCACGAGGCUGUAACGAGCAGAGCCGCGGCACGCCCACCGCACGUCGAAGUUCAGUUAAUCGCUUCGCAAAAGAUCACCGAACAAAGCGAGCCCACGGCCCUUUGAACUUUGCACUCGUCUCUCCGGCAAAAUCAAACCAACAGAAAAACUCUAUCUGCGGUUUAGUCUUGUAAAUAGUGCGUGCGCUUCUUCGUUCUACAUAUAUAAAUAUACAUAUUAGAUACAUUAUGAUGGCGAUAAUCGUAUAAUGGUGAAACCAAAGUUUUUUAAAUCUUGAAUGGUGAAUGACGACUGCGCGUGUCGCCGACGGUGCGUUGAACAAGUCAAUAUAUGUAUGUAUUCUUUCUCCUCGACAUUCACACAUUUUACACACACAAACACGACAAGUUGUAAAGUUCUUUUUUUUAGCGUUCGAGGAGUGCGAGAGACGAUAAAAAACAGUCCGCGCGCGUUGCGCGUGUAUGUCUGUAUGUGUGUGUGUGCGUGUAUGCGCGUGUUUUGCCUUCCCCUGCUGUCACGCGGAGAGAAGCGGCGAGAAAACAUCGAAAACGAUAUAUUAAUUGUGUAUUGCAACAUUCGAAAGACGUGAAAGUGAGUGUCUAAAGCCGUAGUGAUAAAGACAAUAUGUUAGUGUGCUCGCGACACGAUAUACGUGUAAAAAUUCUUCGUCUGUAUCUGUUGUUUUUUUCUUCUUCCUUCCUCGACCAUCUCUACAGUACGACAUUUGUGUGCGCGCCUUGUUUGUACAUGGUACGGCGAUACUUCCUUUUUUGUACAUAUUAUUGAAUCUGCAUUUGCCCCCUCCCCUCCCUCUCGAAACAAUGUGUCCAAUGAAUCUCAUGUAUGCGCGUGUACACGUGCGUCCUGUGUAUAAUCUGUGUGUAAGACUUUUUUAUACACGUGUAACGCGUAAGCAUACAUAUAUUUUUGCAAUUUAAUUUAAUUCGUUCGUUUUCUUCUUUGUGUACAUAAAAUAGCGACGUGCGCGAAUCCGAUUUUCCUAAGAAUAGACUCCGCUGGUGUUCGUAAGACUUAAAAACAAUGGAUAAAAUGAGGGUCUCUCUCGCGCAUCUUUAAGACGUCGAAGUAACGAUCACACUCUACGAAUUUCCGAAAGUGUGUGCGUGUUGUGUCGACGUUGCAUAGAAUGACUUCCGUUCGUUGCGUUGUCGCGCCAACAACUCUAAGUAGCCGGUAAUAUUAUAUUUUUUAACCGUUAAUAGGAUCGAAAAAAUGGUAAUUUGAAACGUACGUUUUUUGGCCUACUCAUUGUGAAAAUAAUAGUAAUAAUACGAGCGACACGCGAUAUGUAAACGUGUAACACUGUUUUAACGACAUAUGUGUAAGCGUGUACUAUGCGACACCUGAAAAAUAAUGUUGAAUCUUUUUAAAAAUUUGAUCGAAUAUAUAUGAAUAUAUUUUUUAACGUGUUUAAAAUCUUUUUAUUAAUCCGCUAUGGAAAACAAAUUUUCUCUCUACGAUUGUCUUCGAUUGUGAUUAUGUUUCCUGUUUGUUAGGGAAAAAACUGUAUAGUUCGAGUAAACGAUCUGUUGAAUAUUUUUCAGCUGUCGCGUGCUUUAAAUAGUGUGUGUAUCGCUGAAGGGGGAAAAAAACAUUUAUGAAUGAGACGUUUCUAUAGGAUAACUGCUGCAAAUAUAUUGUUAAAUUAAUUAUUGAGAUAAUUUGUUAUCAUGUCAAGAGAGAAAACCUGUGAAGCUUUACGAGUAAUUGCAUAAUUGUUAAAGGAUGUAAAAAGAGAGAGAGAGAGAAAACCAAAUGUUACAUGUACGUGGAGCCGAUUUUGGCGCGAAUUAGACUGAUGGAUUAGAAAGAAGAAGAAAUCAUGUGGGAAGAUUUAUACGCUCAAUUAGAGAACGUGUUCGCGCAUAAUUAAGAGGUUCUAUUUACAUAUACAUGUUUUAUAUUUGUAAAAAUCAUCUAUUAAUCAUUACCUAAAAUAAUAGAGAGGGAUGACUCGAAUUUUCCAAGAGCUGUGUGAUUUUCAAACUGCAAAGAAUGUAGUCGUGUUUUCGUAAAUCAUUAAUCGUCUAUGUGUUCAAAACUACACUGAUUUUUAAAUUACUCGUUUAUAGACAACGAAUUAAAAUUAAUUUUUCUAAUUGGUAGAUCUUUGCACCUUGGAGAUGAAUAACGCUCUGGAAAAACGAUACAACAAGGAUGAUCUUUUAUAUAUAUAAUAAUCGAAGAAAAAACUAAUAAUUCUGUUGAUUAUUCUAAGGCAUAGUCAAUCCUAAUUAUACAAUCAUUAAGAUUAUGAGAAUCCAAGCGAGCAACGCUAAAAAAAAGAAUGUACGAAGUGAAGUAAUUAUUAAUCAUUUUAACGAUGUAAAUAUUGUAAAUAACUGAUUCUUAGAUAGAUAUUGAAAAUUGAAAAACAUGCAUUACGAAUUACAUAUAUCAAUAAUUACAUUGAAAGAAUAUGAUGAUGAUCGAGAGCUUUUGUAUUAAGUAAAAACCGUAUAAAGGUCGAUGUUUUUUCAUCGCACACUUUGCAAUCUUCGCGCAAUUUUUUCCUCAAAAAGAAAAAAAUACUCUUUGUAUAUUGGUGGAGGUCCUUUUAAACAGAAAAUUGAAAAAUACACAUACACACAAAACAGAUAAUAAAUACUGUGUAUUAUGAAACGAAAAAAUAACUGCGUAUGUGCACACACAGAAUUUAAAGGCGGUGGAAAAAAAUACAUUACGAGAUUAAGAGCUGUAUCAUUUUGACGAGAGUGUAUUGUGUAUAUGGAUACUAUCGAAUAACAAAUCGCUAAAUUAAGUAAACUUUUCAUGCUCUUUUCUAUUUAUGGGAAAGAGAGAGAGAGAGAGAGAGAGAGAGAGAGAGAGAGAGAGGGGGGAAAAAACAACCAACAAACUUGUUAUCACGCGUUAUCUUAAUAGAAAAAUAAUAUUCGAAUGGAAAAAUGCUUGUUAUAAGCUACAAAAAAAAUAAUGAGGCACUAUAAACACAAAUUUAACUCUUCCAUUGCGUUUUUUCUUCGAUUUUUUUGUUGUUUUUGAUAGUCAACUCUUGCAUUUUUGAAAUAAAAAAUUCAAUGCCAAUUAUUAUACUCUAUGUCAAUCAUUUAUUAAUUUUUCAAUGAAUUUUAACAACUUAUACACUGUAUUGUCGGACUAAUUUUAUACUGUAUAAGACUGGAAAGUUAUAAUCGAGUAUACGGUGAACAAAUAUUUGUACAUAAAAUGCAAAUCUUUCAAAACCGUUCACAUUUCGAUAGUUCAAAAGCACAUUUGUUUUUUAACUGAUCUCGAUUUGAUACCAAUGAUAUAUGGGUAACAUGCAUCAUGUGCUAAUAAUUCGUCCGCAUCUUGUCUCGAACUGAUUUUUUCAAAAGCUCUUUUUUACCACAUUGAAAAAAAUAUCCUGUUGGUUCGGUACGCACGAACGCUUCCACCUAUGUGCCAAUACAUUAAGUAAAUGUUUUUCGAUGUGUAAUGUAAAAGUCAAAAAAAUGAAACCAAAAAGUUAAAAAAAAAAACAAAAAAAACAUAAAAUAAAGUAACGUGCGAGAUGUGCGCGAAUGACACAUUUUCAUCAUCAAACUCAUUUAUAUUCGUAAGUAUUCUGUGUAAACAGAGAAAAUUUUUAAAGAAAUGUAAAUCCUCCGUCUUAAUUAAGGGUAUAAAGAAAGGGGAAAAGUAAACGGGAAAAGUAGAUAUUCUGAAAAAGGCACUUGUGAAAAAAACCAUGUAAUGUUGAGAGAUAGAAGACAGGUAAAUAGCAGAGAGGUUAUUGAGAAUGAGAGAGACAGCGUUAGAAAAGAAAAAGAAGAAAAGCAGAAAAAAGCUCUCCGAUAAUGAUAGAAAAGAAAACUUGUAUAAUAUAAUUAAAAACAAAAAAUCCAUCAUACAUUAAUUAUUGUACAUAUAUAUAGUAUUUUUACAUUCUAAUUCUAAAUUCCAUUUCCGAUUCUAAAUGGUACAGUACAGCUCUGUGUGCUUCGCCUGUCAUCCUUGCAUUAUAACACACCGUCUAAAAAAAGAGAAUCGAUUUUUGAUAUAUUGUUUUUGUUUUCCUUUUUCUCGAGAAAAGUCACUAUUAUAUUAUGUACGCGUCUUUUUAAAAAAAUUACGUUACGUUAUAUCGUUAUCGAUAGUUCGUAAGUUCAUUUUGUUCUAUUUUAGUUUGGCUACUUUGUUACUCGAUAAUAUGUACAAAAAAGUGCACGAGAAACGUACGUUUCCUUCGGCAGUCGGCUUUCAUCUUUUUAUUUUUGUGCGUUGAUUACAUUAUAUCUACGUCGAAGACGACUGAAAAGUUAUCAAUGGAAAGAAGUGAUGAACGCGUUUCUUUGUAUUUUUCGAUGGACGUCAACGAAACAAAUAUACACGAAGACAAAGUGAAAGCUCAAUACGCUAGUCCUUAAUUUAAAACCAAAGUACGACGAAGUUAUAGUGAAUUUCGAAAAGAAAAAUGAAAAAAAUGCCAGAAAGGAAAAUGAAAGAAACGUCACUCUUAUAACCGUCUUCGCGGAGCAUAAAAAACGAACGAACAGAGAUGAUCUGUAAUAUGGAUUAUGAUAAUUAAAUGAUUCAAUCAUUGUAAGUAGUUAAAAGGGAACGAACGAAUCCGAGGUUAAGCAUUUAAGCCGCUAAAUAUUUGAAUAAGCCAACUAUUUUACACGUACGUUUAACUUACAAUCAAUUCUCAUUUUUAUUAUUAUUAUGAUUAUUAUUAUUAGUUAUUGUCUUUUUAUUACACGAUGAAUUUGUAAUAUGUUAUUUUACACACAUAGGACUUUUGUCGUUUAGCAAUACGGAAUCUGUCUCUGUACAU